AUGGGAAGUGAUACUGUUAGGUAUGAUCAAACACUAACAUUAGUACAUGAAGAAAACUCUGUGUUAUAUUUAAGAGAUGUAAUCAAUACAGAUAAACAGGAUGAUGGUGCAGCAUAUAGAUUUUUCCAUUCAGAUUUUCUAAAACAAUGUCAAAGUGAACUUUUUGAUGGCUAUUUAAAUAGGACAAUAUGUCACAAAACAAGAAUUAUCAUUUGGAAAACAUUUGGCAGUUUAGCAGAAUAUAUGGUUUUGUUGGUGUUAGCACAUCGUAAUUAUUAUUCAAAUUGUCCUUUUUUACCUUGGGAGCAUGAUAUUACAAAAAUUACACACUGUGAUAAAAUUUUACGUCAAGAAAAUUUAACACAAACAAGUGAAAAAUCUUCAGCUGAAGGCUAUAUUUUUGAUAUUGAUGGGUCAACUUUAUCAAAUAAUGAUAUUGAAAUACUAUGCCAGUGGCCAAUGGAUAAUGAAAUAGAUGAUGCUGUUAGGAUAGCUUAUGAAAAUGCUGCUGCUGUGGAAACAAUGAGAUUAUGUAAAUUAAAUGAUUUUUCUGUUGACAAUAACAAUGAUGAAUCUGUAAAUGACUCAAAUAAUUUAGUUCAUUCAAUGGAAAUUCAAUACAUUUUGAACAAUGAACCUUCAACUGAUACAUAUUUUGUACUUGAAAAAGAACCUGAAGAAGAUAGUUUUACUAAUGGCUCUUCAAUUGUAGCCAAAAUUUUGAAUAUAAGAAAAUCUCAUGAGGCCUAUUCACAUUCAAAACAUUUGCACAAAGUUUCAAAUAUAAUGAGAUUAGAUAAUGCACAUGAAAAUAUUAAUACUAAUACUGCAAAUCAAUUAAUCACACAAAUUACAAGUAAUGAUUCUGGACAAACUGUUAGAAGAAGA